GUUUAAGCUGACAUUUUAAAAACACAGUAAAAUGUUUAUAACACAGUGAAAUGUUUAUAAUGUACUUUUGAAUGAAUAUCAAGCUCAAAAAUUUGACAUUUCAACUUCUAAUUGCUUUAAAAGUGGAAUACUGUAAUUACGAGCUUUCUGUGUAAGAAAACAAAAUUUCAUUCAAGUUCAACGACAUUCUGAAGUGAAAAAUACAAUGCUCAGAAAAUUGUAAUAUCUGCGAUGCUCGGCGAAAAAUCAACUUUACAAAUAUUAUGCAAGCUAAUUGUAGAAUGGAAUUCUAUUCAAAAGCAUUUUCGAGAUAACACGAGACAGCUAAUUCUUUGCACAAUAUUGAGUAUUACCUCCGGAUUUGUCCUUCUUAUUGCAUACUUUUUGAUUUAUAUUUGCUGUUUAAAGCUUCACAAAAAUCGAUAUUCUCGUUAUGUUUGUACAAAUGUACAAGAUAAAAGAGAAGCUUGUGAAAUUGAGGAUGGGGCACAAACUAAAUUAAUGAUUGUUUCAGCGCCAGUUAUUCAACCAAUUGACACAAAUGUUAAAACUGUAGUUAUUGAUAGGAGUGAUUCGCAAACCUUUCAAAAUAUUGAAACAGAAACAUUUGUGAAUAGCAAGACUAAAAAUAAGAAAAGCGAAUGCACUUUGAUUAGCGCAAUUAGACGAAGCCAUUCAAUUGAUGAAGGAACGCAAACAGAUCAUGAAGAAACCGAGUUACUAGAAUCGCAGAAUAAUAUUUCGGCAGAAGAACAACUAGAAUUAAGCUAUUUAGUUGAAACAAUGAACUUCUAUAAUAAUCGUUUAAGCAACGACUUUAAUUUUGAUUUCAAAAAUAGUUUCAAAUCAAGCGAGCGUGAUUUUUAUUCUUGGGAAAACACAGUUGAACCUUUGCUAUCUUCAAUAAAUGAACCUUUGCGAUCUACAAAAACAAAUAAAGGUUCAUCAAAUUUUACUUCAAAUUUAGUUAGUGAAAAUUUUAAUUACGCAAUAUCUUGUCAAAAUCAAACAAAAGGCGAUGACUCAUAUUCUCCUAACUCAAUUUUCAACGGAGAUUUAUUAGUAACUAAUGAAGAGAAAGCAAAAAAAAGAAGAGGAGAUGGUUUUUCUUUUAUAAGAUAAGAAAAAUUAGUUUGCAAAACUGAAAAAGCUUAAAACAAUACGCACACACACACACACACACACACACACACACACACACACACACACACACACACACACACACAUUCAGAAUA